AUGAGCACGAGCAGCUCCCGCAGCGCGAGCUCCAGCCGCAGCCCGAGCCAUGCGGCGGUCGUCAAGAGCGAGAGGCCCCGCAAGAUCACCGCCAAGGCGGACGAGCUGGACGCGUACAUGGAGAAGCUCUACGACGACGACGUCGAGUCCAAGCUGGACGGGGCCAAGAUGAUCCUGCAGCUGGCCGAGUUCGCCGGGAACAUCGAGGCGCUCGUGCAGAACGAGUCGCUCAUGAGUCUGCUGUCGCGCGUGCUGAACGACGACUACAAGAAGAGCUACGACUUCUCGCUCACCAUGAUGCGCAUCUUCUGGUGUUUCUCCAACUUUCUGCAGCUGCACCCGAUCCUGGGCAACUACCGCAUCGGCGCCAUCACGCUCAAGAUCGUCGAGUUCGAGCUCAAACGCCACCAGCUGCGUCUCGAAGAGGAAAGACUGCUGGAAGCGGCGGCCAACGAGGCUCCGUCGGCUGACGGCCAGUCGACGGAGGACAUCCUGGCCAAGCUGGAUCGCGAGAAGAAACGCAACAAGAAGCGCAUGAGGAAGCAAGACCAGUUGCUAUACGUGUGCUUCAGCGUGCUUCUGAAUUUGGCCGAGGAUAUUCACACCGAGCGCAAGAUGGUCAAGAGGAAGAUUGUGCAGUUUCUUACAAAGCUGCUCGAUCGUGUGGCACCCGACCUGGUUAUUCUAACCAUCACUUUUCUCAAGAAGCUGAGCAUCUUUGAGGAGAACAAGGAUGCGAUGGUGGAGCUAACAGUAGUGGAAAAGCUCGUACGCUACCUGAACUGCAACCACGACAAAACCAUCCAGACAGCCCUCAAGCUGCUGUUUAAUCUGUCCUUCGACCCAGCUCUCCGCGAAGUUCUGGUGCGCAAUAGUAUCAUUCCAAAACUGGUGGAACUGCUCAAGAAGCCGCCCUUCCGUGCGCUAUCACUGCGAAUCCUCUACCAUCUCAGUAUCGAUGACCGGUGCAAGUCGAUGUUCACGUACACGGAGGCGAUCCCAAUCGUCAUGCAGCUGGUGAUCAACUUCCCCCAGAAUAUUGUGGCUAAAGAGCUUGCUGCUCUCGCUGUGAACCUCAGCCACAACGCGCGCAACGCUGAGCUCAUGUGCCAGAAUCGUGGCCUCGAGGCGCUUGCUACGCGAGUCUUCCGUACGCGUGACCCACUCCUCAUGAAAGUGAUUCGGAACAUCUCUCUCUGGUCAUACACACUUCAAGAAGAUUUAGUCAGUGACAAGGCGUACAAGUAUCGCGGUAUGUGGGCCCCCUUCGUGGUGCCAUUCAUCGAGCUGUGCCUUAACACGGACAACCACGACUUCUCGAUCGAAGUUUUGGCAACGCUUGCCAACAUGACGCCAAGCGAUUUACCUUCGAAGACAUCUUGGGACAGACUGGUGACGGAUCAUUCGCUCAUCCCUUUCCUCAACAAGCUCCUGGUCCCGGGUUUCUCUCAAGACGACAUGAUCCUAGAGGUCGUGCUAUUCGUCAGCGCGCUCGCUUUGGAGCCAAAGUGCGCUCCUCUCCUGUCAUCGUCUCGACUCGUGCGCACGUUCCACUCGCUCUUCCAGGAGAAGCAGCACGACAAUGAGCUCACCCUGCAGCUGCUGUACGCGUUCUAUCGCAUGCUGCGCCACCCGGAGACGUUUGAAGAAAUCUUGUUUGGCGUGGGUUUCGUGCCAGACUUGCUGCUGGCAGCCGACGCUCCUAACAUCGAAGUUCGCCGCAUGUGCGACGUCCUGAUGGACUUGAUUUUGGACCACGACCUCAAUGAUGGUGGAACUAUUGGCGACUUCGGCCACCUCAUUCGGCAGCGAAGGUUUGAGAUUCACAACGCCGAAUAUCUCGAGAUGAUACAUGCAGAAACUCAGAGCGCAGCUUAUCGCAAACACCACGGGAUGGACGACGACGGCGGUAAGGGAGAUGAUGAGGAUGAUGAUGAUGAUAACUGA